GCGGAAUCUCUGAGUCAACUUUAUAUGUGUUACAACUCAAACAGAGUUGAACUGCAAUUCCCGGCAUUCAACAUGGGGUGCGGUCGCUUUAGACACUGGGAAGCUCAAGAUCCGCCUAGUGGUUUUCUCUACUGAACGGCGUUUGUGUAGAAUCGAGAGCAAUUUUUACUAUAGGAGGCAACGACGCAGAUUUCCAGUACUGUAUAAGUAUGUUGGAUACUUUUCGGGGCGGGGUAGCGGAAAAUAUUUCUGUGUAGUUUUAAGAAGUAAAUUGAAAGACUGGAAAAAAAAUGGCAUCGCUGGGGAAGGCUUCACGCGGAGUUAUUAAAGACUACCCAAACUUUGAUGCAAACCAUGAUGCAGAGCUGCUUCGAAAAGCAAUGAAAGGACUGGGUACAGAUGAAAGUGCCAUUAUUAACAUCUUAACUACCAGGAGCAGCAAUCAGCGUCUAAAAAUCUCCUUUCAGUACAAAACUCUUUUUGGCAGGGAUCUCAUUGCCGAUCUAAAAUCUGAAUUGGGUGGGAAGUUUGAAAAAGUGAUUGUUGGGCUGAUGAAGACCCCUCUCCAGUAUGACAUCUCUGAACUGCACAAUGCAAUUAAGGGUGCUGGAACUGAUGAAAAAUGCUUGAUAGAAAUUCUUGCCUCAAGAACUAAUCAGGAACUGAAAGCAAUUAUUCAGGCUUAUAAUGAAGAAUAUGGCAAAGAUUUGGAGGAAUCUAUUGUCAGUGAUACUUCUGGACAUUUCCAAAGGAUUUUGGUGAUUCUACUACAGGCCAACAGAGACGAGAGCACAACAUAUAAUGAAGGAGCAGUUAAAAUAGAUGCACAGGAACUGUUUCAAGCUGGAGAACUGAAGUGUGGUACUGAUGAGUCAAUGUUCCUGUCCAUCAUAGGCAGUAAGAGUGUUCAUCAUCUUCGGCAAGUUUUUAAAGAGUAUAUGAAAAUCUCAGGAUACCAAAUAGAAGAAAGCAUUGCUUCUGAGACAUCGGGAAAUCUAAGAAGUGCCUUGCUAGCAGUUGUGAAGUGUAUAAGAAGUGUUCCUGGAUAUUUUGCUGAAACACUUUAUAAUGCCAUGAAGGGGAGUGGCACGGAUGAUGAUACACUUAUCAGGGUUAUGAUUUCAAGGAGUGAAGUUGACUUGUUGGAUAUUCGUAAGGUAUUUUAUGAAAACUAUGGGCGAUCACUCCACAGUAUGAUCAAGAGUGACACUUCAGGUGAUUACAGAAAUGUCCUUCUAAGCAUCUGCGGUGGUGAAGAUAAUUAAAACUCCUUCUGAAGUAAUAAGUUCCAUAGACAGUAUUGAAGCUUUGUCCUGUUAAUUGCUUGUCCAAGUACCAUUGUAAUACACGUACUUCAGUGAAUUACAGCUUGCAAAGCAUGUUCAAAUUUAUCUGCUUUCAGAGUUCCUGAAAAUAUUUAUCAGAUUUUUGCAGCAUUGUUUAUUGCAAAUAAGUUUAAGCUGAAUCCAAUAACUAAUAUGGAAAAAAGCAUUGUAUCUUUUGUUAUUGUAUUUCUGUGAAAUAAAAUGGGUAACUAAAAGCUUGCUCCAGAUACCAUUUAAGACAACUGAGUUAUGAAAUGAAGUGGGGACCUGCUACGUGUUACUAGAACAGUGAAUCCAAAUCCCAAUCAUUACUUAAAAACAAAAUUGAGGAUGGUGGCAAUAAACAUUAAUUUGUAUUAAUCUGCUUUAUUAUUGUUAUUUUAUGGAAGGAAAUUUGUCAUCUUUAUCUGAUUGGGCUGUGUUAACUCUUACCUGAUCCAGCAGUGGCCAAGCAAGCCUUUUCAGCUCUGGAGGAAAUUGGAGUUAUUCGGCCUUGUCUUCAAUGCCCAAAUCCAAUUUAUAAAUAAGUAAUUAAAGUUAUUUUUCACAGCACUCUGUAGGAAGGUGGGGACUUCAUUACACAUGUCAGGUUAUGGAGCCUAAUUAAUGUUCAUUUUUGAGAGUUCUUUUCUAUACCAGCAAUGGACCAAGGCACAUUUUGUGUGUGUUGCUCUGAAUUUCCAGCUCUGCAGAAUCUCUUGUGAUCAUGACUUUUUUUGUUAUUUGACUUUUAAAAAAAAUGUUGGAAUCAUUUGCAUCUGGAGGGCUACUGGAUAGUAUUUCUGUUUGGAGUUGGUAUGAGGAUCACUGCAUAAGUGGGUGGUUUGAUCAUUGAGGGAAAUUGUUCUGUGUAUGUGAAAUCAUUGAUAAUAUCAGUCUUCAUAAUUGGCAGUGUUCAUGGAACCCUUUGUUAGUUUCUCUGGAAGCAUUUCAAAGCUUUAAUAGUACAAAUACUGCAUUGUUACAAUUAUUGUUUAAGAGAUUAAUAUGUAAAAAGGGUUCUCUUAAUCAUUACAGAUUAUCCUUCAAAUUAAAAGAUUAGCUUUUAAUUAUGCAGCACUUAUGCAGCUGGAUCAAGCUAUUGCCACAAAACUUGUGUCUACUCAUUGCUAUUGAUGUAUAAUGUAAAUCUUACUAAUAAAUCGUUAGAAAAUGUGGAAGUGCCUUCAUUAUAUAGA